AUGGGCUCGACCACAUCGACUACACAAUGGCUGCAUUCCGAAGUCCUCGAUCGAAGCCUUUGGGCUGACAACCCGGAAUAUCUCCUCACGAUCCCACCGCGGAUUAGUAAAUAUAACGAACGAUCCGACGAUGCAAGCAUUCAACUUCAAAUCGACGUGGCUGGUAAGGAAAAUGUUGGAGUUGUCGAUGGUGCUAUUACUAGUGUUGGGAGUUUAGCUGCGUUGAUGUAUCCCGACUGCCUUCCGGACAGAAUGGCAGCUACUUCAUAUGUGCUUGAGACAACAUUUAUUUGGGACGAUCUCAAUAUUCCGGAACCAGAUGAGGUGGCCAUUAAAGAUUCCGAGUCAAAUACUCGGAAGGAUGUGAACAUCUUUCACCACCCUUCCAUGAAAGUCAGACUAAAACAAGCGUUCUCUAAAGGGGUUGCUGCAGUGAGUAGGAUCGAUCCUAUUCUUGGGCCUAGCGUCCUCGAAACUUGGAAGGACUGGAGACUUGCCGAAACAGACAUCCGUGGCAACUUUUUUAAAUGGACAAGCUUGGAUCAAUACGUGGAAGUUCGUGUCCGCGAUAUUGGAUACCCCUGUGUUAUUGCCAUGGGGUUAUUUUCAUGCAACCUGAAAAUAACUCCAGAGGAAGAGGCUAUAGCACUUCAGAUUGCCUGGCCUUUGCAUGCGCAGGGGGUUUAUUCCAACGACUACUACUCCUGGUUUAAAGAGUUAAGAGCUCAUCAGGAAAGUGGCGGGAAAAUCCCGAUCAUAAAUUCAGUCAAGUUGCUACAGCGCUUAGAAGGUCUUUCCGUGGAAGAGGCAAGAGCACGACUGAGAGAGAAGAGCCUCGAAAUGGAGGCAGAGUACCAUCGACGCAAGAAGGAGUACUUCGAAGCCAAUGCGGACAAGGGUAUUUCCCCUGCCCUGGUUCGGUAUCUUGACUAUCACGAGCAAUACGCCACUGGCCAUGUCAUAUGGUGCUUGAACUCUUAUCGCAACAACUCCCCUGGUGGAGAUGAGUAUCGCGCUUAUUAUGCAAAGCGAGUUGCAGAGGGAGCUAUCUUCUGGGACAAUCCUUCACAGUCGGAGGACAUCCUGACCGAUGGAUACCAGGUUCGGUAUCUCAAGAAGUAG